AUGGGCGUGAGCAGGACUGGGGGAAGCAGCCACGAGGAGAUUGGCACCGACAACCCACUCUCAGAGGAUGAUUCCAUCCGAGAUACGUCAAACGAGUCAAGAAACGCCUCGAUCCCGAGAGACAGUACGGAAAUCGGGGAUUCUGACUGUGGGUCGAGCAACGCGGAGAAGUACGCGGGCAGCCCGGUCAAGCACGUGGUGACCCCGCAAGAGGGGGGACUAGCGUAUCAACGUGAGAAAGGAAUGAACGAUCGGCUCGGCGGCCUCGGCCCUCAGGCAACAAGGCAGCAGUACCUCGUCUUCUUUGGGACUAGUGGCUUCGCUUCUUUGGCCAGCUGGCAGUCCCGUGACCUUCCCGUGUAUCACGCGGUCGGAUUAACUCGAGUUGGCCCGGGAGAACCUUUCUUCCGCUCCGCGCAGCCCCGCCAAUCAGCGUCACCCGAAAGAAAUGCGUCCAUUCAGGGCGGUCACUACGUCGUAGCCUCAGGCAGCCCAGCCCACAAUAAGAAAGAAAGCGUUCAAUUCUGCCCCUCUCUCGUCGUCGCGAUUGUCCUGUCUUUCAUCCGUCAGUUCGAGUCCGCGCAGAAACUUGGUGCUCAUCCGCGCCUGAUUGCUUUGCCUGCGCCGGCAUUUUGCUUCGCCCUGAUUUGA